AUGGCGGAUAUACAACUUUCGAACCGCCGGCCAGGUGGCCGAGUGGUCAGCUUGCCUGACUGUGAUGCCAAUGGUUGCUUGUUCCUUCUGACAUUGCUAUAUAUAAAAAUAAGAUAUUGCUCCCCAUUCCGGUUNGAAGGUAUAGUCAUACACGAACUGGGACACGCUAUCGGAUUUUAUCACGAACAGAACAGGUCCGAUCGAGAUGAAUAUAUUAAGAUCAACUGGGAAAACAUUAAAACAGGAGAGGAAGGUCAGUUUUUCAAGCUGAAGCCGCGUCAAAAUCUCCUAUUAACGCCAUUUGAUUAUAAUUCUAUAAUGCUUUACGGAUCAUACACUGGAUCAAAAAACAGAAAAGAAGGUCUCCGAACAAUGGAGGGAAUCGACGGAUCACUUCUCUUGGAUCCACUCACUAAAGGAAAACUCAGCGAAAGAGACAUAGAAAGAAUUAAUAAACUGUAUAACUGUAAAUGAUGUGUGUACUGUUUAAACUGUUAUUCAAUAAAAUAUCUGAUUCUUUUUCUCCUUAA